AUGGCCUCUCUAGCUCUCUCCCAGCUGCUCCUGGCCAUGACUCUUCUCCGGCUGGAGUUGGAGUCAACAUUUGUCCCCACAGUCCAGUCAGAACUCAAACCGUCAGCAGGGAAUUCUGGGCAGCAACUGAACCAGAACAAUGGAGUAGGGGAAUUAGCACUGGUCUCCAGCUACGUCCAGCUGGAAUUUCCAAACAGGACCCUACCACAGCAACUCCCUGAGAACUUGACUCUUCCAGCUGCCUGGACAUCCCUUCGCCCAAGAAUGCUUAUUGCUCUUGGCCUUACAACAGAGUGUCGAGACAAACAUGAUGGGAUUCAGUUCUGCUUUUGCCGCCCUGGCUACCUGUGGAACGCUGCGCUUUGCUCCCUAUAUCCGACCUGCCACAGCGACGUCAGAUCGGAGAGCGAUCUCUGUAGAUGCCUCAGUUUCCACGGUCCUGUUUCUGGCUACUGCCAGUUGCUGCCACCUGUUCCUGCAAACCUAACCCUGGACUCCCAGCUGCCUAGCGACACCCUGAACCUCAUUCUCAAGACAGCGGAGGCCACCAACCUGAAGUGGUACUUGCAGCAUCCAGACAACCACAAACGCAUCUACCUACGGCCAGGGACAAAUGUGUUCCAGAUGUCCACUCAGGGCCAGUCUGGCCUUCACAUCGCCAGCUUAUCCCGUUACUGGACAGGUACGUAUAUGAGCAUCUUUGAGGCCCAGGGAUUCAGGUGGAGGCUGCAUCGGGUGGUGCAGGUGCCCUUGAAGAAGGAAGAAGUGGUUCAACUCCCAGACAAGCUGUCCGUCUCCUGCGCUGCCUCCACUGGCUUCCAGCUGAGCUGCUGCAUACCGCACACAAAAUUGAACUACACUGCUCUCUGGAGUCCCAGGGAGGGCAGCCAAGCCUCCUUGUAUAACACAUCAGAUUCCCAGUGCCUGGUGCUGACUGUUCAGCGCUGCCCAGCAGCUGAUACCACAUAUACGUGUACCCUCCACAGUCCGAACCUGCUUCCUCUCGUGGCUCCUGUCUCCAUCACCAUCAUCCAGGAUGGAGACACUACCUGCCCUGAGGACUUCUCAGUGGUUGCCUGGAAUGUCACCAAGGCUGGCUUCGUGGCACAGGCCCCGUGUCCUGUGAAUAAGAGGGGCGUGGUGAAGAGGCUCUGUGGGUCUGAUGGCAUCUGGGGGCCCAUCCAGAACAGCUGCACAGAGGCAAAGAUUCUAAGCUUGUGUCUUGAAGCCCAGCUGCUGCUGGAAGGCCAGGGAACACCGGAUGAGGAGGUGCCACGUAUCCUGAAAGAGCUGCAAGAGCAGGUGGGGGUGGCCAGCACCCCCUCUGACUUACGAGAAAUGCUGCACACUGUGACCUUCCUGGCCAAUGUGGUAGCAGAGACAAGAACAGAGCUUACAGACAGUGCCCUGAAGGAUCUCCUGACAACCACAGACAAGAUCCUAGAUGGGAACAUCAGCUCUCUGUGGACUCUGGCCCAGGCCCAGGAGCCCUCGAUGGGCUCAGAUUUCCUGGCGGCUGUGGAGACCCUGGUCCACAGCUUGGACCCACAGCAGCAUCCUUUUUUCUUCAGCUCAUCUAAUGUGUUCCUGCAGAGCCAGCUCCUCCGACACACCUCUCCUUCUGGCUACCAAAUGUCCUUCUCUGCCUGGCCCCUCCUGCAGGCACGGAUUCCAUGGCAUUCACUGGCCCCACUGGUCCAUAACGGAACUAAUGUCAGCAUUACUAGCCUAGUACUGCAGAAACUGGACCACCGUCUGCCCUCAAACUAUAUACAAGGGCUGUGGAACACGCCGUAUACCACUCCUGGGCUGAUCCUGGUGGUCUCCAUCACAGCAGACGGCCAGGCCUUCACAAAGGCAGAGCUUCUCAUAGACUUUGAAGACAUGAAUGGAACCCGGCACUGUGUCUUCUGGAACCACAGUCUCCACCAGGGUCAGGGGGCGUGGUCAGAUAAAGGGUGCCAGGUACACGAGGCCAACGCGAGCACCGCCACUCAAUGCCUUUGCCGGCAUCUCACUGCCUUUUCCAUCCUCAUGUCCCAACACACCGUCCCGGAAAACCCUACCCUGGACCUGCUGAGCCAAGUGGGUGUUGGGGCUUCCAUCUUGGCACUGCUCGUGUGCCUGGUCAUUUACAGGCUGGUGUGGGGAGUGGUGGUUCGGAACAAAGUCGCCUUCUUCCGCCACGUGGCCCUGUACAACAUGGUGAUCUGCCUGCUGGUGGCAGACACAUGCUUCCUGGGAAGCCCGUUGGUUCCUUCAGGGCACCACAGCCUUUUCUGCCUAGUCACCGCUUUCCUGUGUCACUUUUUCUACCUGGCCACUUUUUUCUGGAUGCUGGCACAGGCCCUGGUGCUGGCUCACCAGCUGCUCUUUGUUUUCCAUCAGCUGUCCAAGUACUUGGUCCUCUCCCUGAUGGUGAUCCUGGGCUACCUGUGCCCACUGGGGCUUGCAGGUGUCACCCUGGGCCUCUACUUGCCCCCGAGGAAAUACCUGUGGGAGGGGAAAUGCUUGCUGAGUGGAGACGGAGUCAUGCUGCACACCUUCAGCGAGCCAGUGCUGGCCAUCGUCACUGUAAAUGCACUGGUCCUGGUCAUAGUUGUGCUGAAGCUCCUGAGACGGUCCCCGUCAGAGGGACCCCCCUCGGAGAAGCGCCACGCUCUUGUGGGGGUGUUUAAGGCCCUGCUUAUUCUCACGCCCAUCUUCGGCCUCACCUGGGGCCUGGGUGUGGCCGUUAUAUUUGAUCCAGACUCUCUCGUCUCUCAGUACGCCUUCACCAUUCUCAACAGCUUCCAGGGUGUCUUCAUCUUAGUGUUUGGCUGCCUCACAGACAAGAAGGUACUGGAGGCCUUGCGCAAACGCUUCCGCUUCCGGGGCACCCAGUCCUCCAGCUGUGCCCUCUCCCUGGCCACAAAUGAAACCCACACCUCCGGACACAGCAAAGAAAGAAGUGAGCAUGCCAGUUAUGAAGAAAGGAUGGCUGAUUGACAGGAGGAACCUGCGAUCUUCUGGACAUUGAAGAUGAAGGGCAGAAUUCAG